AAAAUUAUUUAAGUUAAACAAAGUUAAUUGUGUAUUAUGCAAUCAAAAAAAAAAGAUUUCGCGCUCAGAUAGUUUUUUAGUUUAACGAACUUUUAUUUAAUUUUUUUUACAAUUUUAGUUUUGAGUAUCUGAAGGUAGUUUUAAUUUAUCUGUGACAUUUUUACCGGUGUUUAGCAUGAGUUUGAAGAGGUUAAUAGCCAUCAUUGCUUGGUUGUGUAUAUUUUAUCUUAAUCUCGAUUUUUAAUUGGUAAACUUGCGUUUUUACCUAAUCGUUUUAAAGUAGAUUAAAGUUAGGUACGUACGGUGAGAUUUCCGAUAUAGCGAAAGCUUUUUUAGCCGGCUUUUGGUGUUUUUAUUUUUUUUUACCUGUGGGUGGGUGGUUGGUGUUGGUGGUGGAGGAGCAACAGAGAUAAGCACAAUACUUGAGAUUGAUAUAAUUUAGAAAAAGUAUCUUCUUUGAUGUAUGGGAAACAGAAAAUUCCUAAAUUCGAUUUGUUUAAACAAUAUUGGCAAACUUUUUUUGCUCCACAUCUUCCUACCUCCUGAAACUGAAUUCGUUGCCAACAAAUAGAAAAUAAAUGACUCGAGAGUUUGUGAGUUCCUCAAGUAGCAGUGUGAUCUCUGCCGCGUUACGCAUGUGAGUUAGGAUUGAGUAUUAAGAUAGAUGUAUUGUAUAGGGUUUAUUUUUUUGAAUUUCUUGAAAUUCAGAUCAGUUCUUUUGUUUUGUGGUGGAUUGCGGUUCAGUAUAGAGAGAGGUACUUAUUUUAUAGUAACGUCGUCGGGUCGGUCGUCGUCAAAUGCAGAUUAGAUUGAAAUUUAUUUUCGUGCGGUACGCGUAUAUACCUAAUAAAUGAGAGCACCACCGUGCGUUGCGUUGAUAUCGUCGGUCGGUCGAUCGUUGGUCGUCGGUCGUGUCGUAAAGUGCGGUGAGAUCGUGUGGUGUAUAGUGGCGUGGUGGUAUCAUGGAAAGAUACGCGUAAUUUUGCAGUAGUCGCGCACGCAACUCACGAAAAAUAAAAAAAAAAUAGCAAAUGUUGUGUUAGUUUUGCAAUAGAUUAGGAGAGAGGGAGAACAUUUUUAUUGUACGUUUAGGCAGGCAGGUACCUAGUUAAUUUGUUGUUGUGUUUAGUAUGUUAGGUUGCUUGAAUAUUUUGCUAUCGGGUUCUCUUGUUAUUACACAUACCGCCUGAUAAAAUAAAAAAGAUAUAAAUGAUUAAGUGCCGAAAAAAUAGAUUUUAUCUAGUAUUUAGACUCAAUCUUUUUUUUGUUGGUUGUACUUACUUCUGUUUAUUGACUUUUUAUAUUUUAUUUUGUUCGGUUCGUUUAUUUCGAUUUUUUUACAUAAUAUUUCGUGUAUCUAUGAGGUUUUUUUUUUGAGUGAACUAAAUAUUUGAAAUAGUUAUACAAUUGUUUCCGGUUUAGGGAGAUCGCUGUUGCAGUUCGAAUAGUUUUAUGAGAUCGUCUAAUUGAUGCGGUACUCGGGACGUAUGCAUUCAAAAUAAAACCCUUCAAUGAAAAUUUAUCAAGUGUUAAAAAACAUGUGCAACUGAAAUAUAAAAAAAAAAUAAAAAAAUAUUUUAAAGUGUGAAAAGUGCGUUUUCAAAAUUUUAUUAAAAAAAAUAAGAUUUAAAAUUUAAAAUAGAAGUGAAUAAAAUGUGACCGGUGAUUUUGGUUUUUACAAAAACAAAACCAUUGGAAAAAGAAAGAAAGAGAAAAAAUAAAAAAAAAUAUUUGUAUCCGACCGAGUCGGGAUGAAAAUAUUUACUUAAAAAAAAAAUAUAAUAUUUUGAUUUGUGUAUUUACUGGUGCUUUUGUUAACAUGUUAUUUAUGAGACAACACCAAAACAAAUAAAUACGCUCAAAUCAUCAACUGACAUAUUAAAAAGGUUAAAUAAUCUGGCAGUCUUUAGAUAGCUUUGAAAGAUGAUCUAAAGUGCAUAUAGUAAAGAUUGCAAAAAAUAUAAAUAAAUCAAUUUAAAAAAUAAACUCCUAGGACAUCAGUCAUAAUAAUAUGCAAAAUGGCAAAAAAAUCCACAAGUAAAAAUAAGAAACGUCACUUGAAUGAUACAGACGACGACGAAGAUAAAAACAAUAUGGUCACUUGAGCUGGCGAAACCAGCUGACAAAAAUGACAUUAAUAAUAAUAUAUAAUUUACAAAUAAAUAGACAGAAGUUAUGUGAAAUACGCUGGUGUGCGUCAUAUAAAGUUAAAUUUUAUUUGUUUGUUUAAAAUUACAUGAUAUAAAUUUCUCUCGAAAUCAAGCUAUGCUUAGAUAGGGUUACAUUUAAUGCUAAUAAUUUAUUUUUAUAAAAAAUCUAUGUAUUCACAUUGCCCUACACAUCGAUUAUCAAUUAAAUAGUUGUCCAAAAUCACAAAAUCGACAAAAAAAAACGAAUUAAAUCAAAAAAGAAUCAAUAAAAUAUAAAAUAUCUUUGCUUUUCCCUGAACACAGUCCUGCAUUUGAAUGCAAUGCACAGUGAUUUUGCCCAGCGAGAAGGUACUCGGUAUAAAAUUUGUGGCGUUUGUUAAUGCGAAUAAACCAAAGUCCUCAUUGGAGGGCCCUGGCUUUGCUAGGUGCCCUCCUGUCGGUUAUAAUCGUGUGGCCAACUGUCUUAUCAAUGCCAAUGUUAACAACACGUACGCCAACAACAACAACAACAACAAAAACAACCAACAUAACGAACACAUCCAUCACAGAAGAACAGCAUCCAUCAUUUAAAACAUCAUAUUCAAAAUUAACGUCAACUAAUUCUACUAAUAUCAAUUUAGAAGCGGCGCAAAAUAAUACCUUUAUUGAUAUAAAUCAUAAACAAAUAAAUGAUUUCAGUGAAUAUAGUAAUUUUGACAGCUAUUUGCUACAUUUGAAUGUAAAUACAAGUACAAGUGACAGUAGUGAAGAUCAAUAUCAAGAUCAAUAUGAUGAUUAUAAAAAUCAAGAUAUUAAUAUUGAUGAGCAUCUAACGCACUCUCGAGCUGAUAUUGAUCCUUUGUAUGCAAUAAUGACAGACGGUAAUGUGUCAAAUUCGCGUCGCGUCAAAAAAUCAAAAUCCAAUAUGGUAUACAAUAAACGUAAACGAAAGAAAAAUAAUAUCAAUGACAGCAAUAAAAACAACGAGAAAGUAAGUGCAAACGAAGAUGUCUCUAAUACAACAUAUCUGUCAAGUGCUAGUAUUAGUGAUUAUGACAGUUCUACAACUGUCAUUAAUAGUUUAAGUCAAACAUAUAAUAAUGAUAGUAAUAAUAAUAUUAAUAGUGUAAGUGAAAGUGAUGUUUUAAAUAGUGACGAAGUUAUGGCAUCAUCAGCAUCAUCGAUCAUUAAUCAUCAUUAUCAAUCAAAACGAACGCGAAAUUUAAACAAAAGUGACAUUGAUGAUAAUGGUGAUGUUGCAUCGACAACAAUAAGAUAUUAUUAUACUCCAACAACAACUUCGACUGAUGGCCUUGAUGUAACAUCAUCAAAUUUUUCGAAUUUGGAUGAGCAGCCGCUUAAUCUAAAUGAUAAUUCUGACACUUAUGUCACAUCAACGUCAACGUCAUUGAAUGUCAUUGAAUCAAGAACAACAAAAACUCUAACACACACUGAAUUACCAGUGUUGUCGCGUACCGAUCGUAGUGUACAUAUUAUGAAACAAGGAAGUUUAUCAUUGAGACAUCGAAGCAGCAACACCAGCAGAAAUAAUGCUAGUGUCAAGUCGAUAGAUGCUGCAGAAGAAGGUGUUAGCAUUAAACCUAGGAGACUGAAUAAUCAUAAUAAUAAAAUUCAUAAUUUUAGAAAUAAUAAUACAACGAAUAGUAAUAGUAGUAAUUUAGAUCGUAAUGAAAGAUCUACGAUAUUGGAAGAUAUAUCGGGACCGGGGAGAAAAAUUCAAUUAUACAUCAAGAAUCGGUUUAUUCAAUUGAUGACCGAUGGUACGGUUAAUGGAACUAUGAAUGAUCUAAGCGAAUACACAAUAUUACAACGAACGACGGUUGAUGUUGGGCGAAUAAAAAUCCAAAGUGUAGCGACAUGUUUAUAUCUAUGCAUGGACCAAUGUGGUGCAGUCUACGGUUCGAAAGAAUUCACCGACGACUGCGUCUUCAACGAAUCCAUGGAACAGCACAACUACAACACAUACUCAUCAACAUAUAAUUCCAAUUCACGUCGCAUCUAUUAUUUGGCACUUAAUCGACACGGAGAACCACGCAAGCUUCAAAUUCCACCCAGUCGUCCGCUGGGCAAAUUGGCAACAUAUACAAAAGCCAUAACUGGAACGGUGCCACAAGAUCGUGUUGAAACGGUUAUAGCGAAGAUAUUUGGCAAAAAUCGUGUUAAGCACGGCAUCCGUCAACUCUGUGAUACUGGCAAACCAAUCGUCGAAUUGACCGACAAAAUAUUAAAAGCACGCCCCCAAUGUCCUGCAACUAAUAGCAAUAGUAAUAGCAAUAGUAAUAAUAAUAAUAGCAAUAGCAAUAGUAAUAAGAAUGGCCAAUUGAACGUUCCUGCUGCCAAUGAUAAAUCUAGCAAUAGUAGCCUAACAAAUAGUAGUAGUAAUAGUAAUAGUAGUAGUAGUGGCCAUACUAGCGGUAAUAGCAACAAUAAUCAUGUAAUCAAAAAGAAGAAGAAAAAGCGGCGAUGCCGGCCGGGUGAGAAUGAAGACGAGCACAAUUGCCAGCGGGGUGGCGGGCCACAGGCCAUGAAAAAACGCCCAAAUAAUAAUAAUAACAACAAAAACAACAGACUGGCCAAAUGCAAAGAAUUAGCAGCAGAUGCGGCGGCGGCUUUGGAAUGUGCGAAUCAGAAACGACCCAAGAAAGGUGGCAAGAAACAACAGAACGGCGGCGGUCCAAAGCAUAAGCAAAAUGGUGGCCAAGGCCCCCAAGGUCGUAGGGGUGGCAAGAAACUCAAUCAAAAUGGACGACAACAGCAAGGAGGUAGCAAUAGUAAUAAGAAAAACAAUGGUAAGCAGCCAAAAAACGGCUUCAGUGGAGGCGAACGAAUAACACAACUAACAACAACAACAAUACAUCCCAUCAUAAACGAAAAAAUGGUGCGAACGCCAAGAUCGCGACCCUCACCAUCAACCUUGAAACUCACAACAUCACCAACAACAACAACACCAACACCAACCACAUCAACAACGUCAACGUCAACAACAACAACACUGGCAACCCUACUGCAAGUUGCCAACAAGGAUCAGCAAUCCUUUGUUAGCCAUAAUCAGCUCAGUAGUAGUCAAGUUUCAACAAUAAAUCAAACUUCAACUGAAAUUCAAGACGACAAUAAUUCCGAAAGCGACGACACCACAGCUGAGGAAGAAACCGGCACCGGCGAAGCUGAAGCCGAAGAAGAAGACCUGGCUACUGCGGAAGACGAUGACACCAGCAGCCAUUUGCCAUUCAUUGGUGAACACACGCAACUGGUUGGGGGCGCUGAUGACUUCCUGUAUGACGAUGACCUUGAUUUCUUAAACAUUGGCCUCUGGGAGAUAUUUCUUCUAUUAUGGAUAACAAAAUGGUUCUUCUAAUUUGAAUGCGUUCAAUAAAUUUGUUUUAUGAACUCCAUUCGAAUUCUGGUUGUGACAAAUUAAAAAAAAAAAAGAUUUAUAUAGUAACACUUGGACAAUCAGAGUUAACCUACAAAAAGCUACUCUAUAAUGGUACCUUUCAUUUUACCAAAACACAUUAAACACAUAAACUAUAACAGAUGGCUAUUUACAAUUAAAAUUCUUACACAUACCCAACGCACUGCUUUGAAUUUUGCUUUGUUUACAAGUUUUUUUUUUACUAUAUAUAAAUGUACAAUUAAAUCAUUAAACAAAUACUACUUGAAGUUCUUAUCACCUAUAAACUUUUUGAACUCAUCUUAAAUAAUAAAAUAAUAAUUGUUUACCUAUAAACAAUGUUGUAAUACAAUUCCCUUUUAUUCUGU